AUGGGACGAUCCUUGCCAGCUAGUAAUCCGAGCCAGGUCAAGGGUUUGAGGACCUCUCCCAGCAAGAAAACGAGUCCGCGAGGGUUUUCCCUCAAUAAACCGCCACUGAUUCACCUUGGGGGAGGAAGAAUUAAACGACAAGGCAAACAUGGUAUAGAGGAAGAACGUAAUAUACAGGGUGUUGAAGUUAGUAAGGAUCGUGGUUUCCUUGGCGAUCUUAUUUCCAUUACACCAGAGCUGAAUGAAGACUCUUCUGGCAUUCUCGCCCAUACUCGGCGAUGUCGCCUCAUCCUAGAAACAGAUUAUGAUGAUGAUGCCGUGGAGAUCGAUAAGGUUCCUAAGGCUACUGAUAUGGGGCCUGCUAGGAAGAACCCCUCCAAAAGGGAAAGAAGCGGGCUGGGUCGAACAGUCGUCCAUCAGGGGACUUGGAAGACGGUCGUGGAGACGGCCCAACUGCACGGAGCGAGCCCAUUAAUGGAAACACUUCGGCCCACUAGGUGCAGGAUCCAUCCCGUCCUGAGCAACACUUGGCCCAGCCCGAUAAAAGGGGGAAGUUGCGGAAAGCCCAUGGCACUGUGGGGAGGGGCGGUAAGCUGA